CGCACUAGCAACAGUAGCAACUAACUCAAAACAGAAUAGUGCACCGCUACAGCGACAGCGGCAGGGCGGUAGAGGGCCAGAAAGUUUGAAAGGACAACGACGCUUUGGAUCCGCCAUUUCCAAAAUCUUUUUCGCAUCCAUAAUUGAGUUAAACCAUCAGAAUUGGUUACAAGUGCUAAGUUUUUCCAGUUUUUCACUUGUUGCGCAGCGAAUCGGAAAACCGCGAAAAUGGUGAAGCCUAAACCGGCGGUGAAGAGGGACAAUUUGAUGUCAAUUAAGGUUGAAGAAAUCAUCAAAGAGCUUUUUGAGCUGCAAAAAGCUGAUGCACACUCAGAGAUUUCAGAGCUGUGCAAACGCUACAGCCCCUUGUUCACUGCUCAGAGGUUCAAUUUCGCCAAAAUGCCACCAAACGGGUAUAGGUUGUUCCUUCAUGCUCGUGGCAUCAAACUCGCAGCACUACCCAAAGACAAGCGUCAAGAAGCUGAAAUUCCUAUUUGGAAUCAUAUGGAUAAAAGAACACAAGAAUACUUCAACAACCGAGCUAUCAAACUCGCUUUUCUUCAAAGAGUGAUUCAUGAAACUCAUGCUGGAUCGAUGACUGUCCUCAAAAAUUUGAAAGAGUCUGAAAUCCAGAUGUGGACCACUCACGAUCCAAAAGCGGCCGAAAAAUUUGACAAGAUGGAAUUCAGGGCUUUUGAUAGGAGAAGCCCAUGCAACCCAACCCCAAAGCAGCGGCGCCUGACCGCGACUUCUGAUAGAGACGAUUGUGACGAGAGUGAGGACUUCUGUCCUAGCCUUAAACUUAAGAUUAAGAUUCCAAAACGACCACGCGGACGUCCGAAACAGGUGGCUGCCGAGGGCAUUGCUGAUUGCCUCAAACUUCGAAACCGCAAGUUUCAGCGCCCCAAAAGGACAAUAAAAAAGAAGAAUUUUGAUGCCUAUGUUGAGAUCAGCGAAAGCGAGGAUGAGGACUGUAUGACAGACGUGCAGCCACUCGACUCGCACUCAGACGUUGAAAGUCCAUUGCCAGAAGAAGAGCCUUGCACAGCUCUUUCCCAGCAUGCUGUCAUGGAAGAAUCAAGUACUCCUGCUUGCACAACUGUAGCUGUGACUGGAAGAGAAUUAGUGCAAUAUGCAGGAUCUUCCAACAGUAACUCAUCUGGCAACUUUGAGGUUGAACAUUUUGUCCCAGAGAAAGGCUGCUCCAGGGGUGCCUUAACUAUGUUUGAACCACCUUACUCCACCAACUCCUGGUUUUUCGCUCAAGUCAAAAACAAAAACAGUUGGUCUGCUCUGAAAGAAGAGCGCAAAGCCAUUGCUGAUGUCGAGUUGUUUCCCCUCUCAGCUGAACAAACUCCACCAGCCAUUGAGGGUCGCUAUGAUGUGGCACUUUUGCCAGUAGAGGAAUCGGAUGUAGUGAUGCGUGAAGAAGAAGCCAUAGCCGAACGAGCAGUUGUGCUGGCGUUUGAACAGGACAGAAACCUUUUAACAAAUGACCCUAAUUGGUUUGCCGGAGCGUCUUCGCCUGAAUACUCCACCCAGCGUCAAGCACACAACAGAUGUGAAGUGGAGCAGAUUAUUCAGGAAGUCACCUUUUCCUUGGAGACUGGAGAAACCACUUCCAUCGAUUCCACCGUUCGCCACAUCUCAUAUGAUUUGAACUGCUUGGAAACUGUGCCUAAUUCUGAUGAAACAGACUACCCUGCUAAUGAAGUGGUGCUGUUCAGUGGAAUUGACAAGGAAGAUGCUGGGCCAAGUGGUAACGCUAUUGAGGAACCUUUUGACUCACUUGACUUGGCCGACCAAGAUGACAAUAAUUGCUACAGUAUCUUGAGCCAGCAAUAUGGAUCGCUGAAUCCAUUGAUUGAUGAAAUGAUCUUCAAUUCAAACGCAGACUUUGACAAGGACCUGGCCUAUCCAAAUAACUCCGUUGAUGCGUAACUGCACUUCUUUCUUGGUUUUCUCUUGUAUUUCAUGAAUGGUAAUUUUAAAUUUUAAUAUUUGACAAUUACAGUUCUCUAUUAUCUCAACACAAUUAAAUUAAAGUCCCAGUUUACACUGGUUUGAGAAAUUUUCUCAAAGAUGUUGUUGCACUAAAUGACAGCGUGAAUUAAACUGCUGUCAAGUAAUUAAAAGAAAUUGAACUGUACAUUUUGUAUUGAAUGAAGCUAACUGCAAUAAUAAUUCAAACCUAUGUUCACUCAACAAAUUGUUGUAUGCAUGGAAAUAAAACGGAACCUAUUAAAAGCAUUA